AUGGCUGCAUUUCUUGAGCACGUCUUCACGUUCUACUUUACCGACCGCAACCCGAUGAAGUUCCAGCAUUGCUUUAAUCUAGUUGGUGUGGAGCAUGACAUCGGUUUGGGGCACGCUUUCCCUUAUCAAUAUCGCCAAACUGCCGCCUACUUCUCCUUUGAACCUCAAACCGGGAAAACAGCAUGGAUCAUCCUCAAAGCCAACACCGCAAUUAGGGAUAGGAUCCUAGAGCUAGUAGAGAGCCAAAGCAGAAAGACGUUGACACCCAAGUCCUCCUUUUCUGCUGCCAUGUCUGCACACCUGGCCAUCUUCGAAUGGUCCAUCCAAAACUUCACGACCCAUUUCAACACUCUUGAGACUCAGAUUUCCGAAACAGCCAAAGUUAUACAUCAUACACCUGUUUCUGCCAUCACUGACAGCUCGAACCUGGAACAGACCCUAGAGAGAAAGAUGACGGCACGAAAGUCAUGGGGUAGAAGAGAAAAGCACUCAGGACUCAGGCAGCGAAUCAACCAAGCCUUUAUGACGCUAGUCUCUUUAAAACGAAGCGAUAAUGCAGGACAGUGGAAUACCACGAACCAAAAUCCGAGCAGGCCAAAACGGCUUGAGCUUCCCGAAAUAGCGGAGAUCUUCAAAUUUGAGAAGCUUCAGGACUUGUAUUUGAUGGCAACACGUAUCAAUGACGGAUCCCUUGUGUUGGCUCAGAACAAGGUGGUGUUGCACGAUCUGAUUGAGCGCUUCGAGCAUUUUAAGGAGCUAGAAAGCUUCAGCCGGAAUGUUGACAUAGAUCCUGAGGAGUUUGACAUAUUUUUUGACACGGCAAAACGCUGCGUACGCGAGUUGGACAAUCAGGAGGCUCGUCUCAACACCCUGCAAGCUCGUCUUGAGAGACAAAUAUCCUUAUUCAAUGGGAUACUCCAAUAUAACAACAUGAGAUUUGGGGAAUUAUACGCCGAGCUUACCCAGCUUUCGACAGAAAAGAUGGAGCAAUUUACAAUCAAGGCAAGACGCGAGACAGUCUCAAUCCACGUCAUUACCAUACUGACACUCUUCUUCCUCCCUGCUACAUUCGUCGCAACAUUUUUGGGUAGCAACAUCAUAACUUUCAAAGGUGAAGAGGCAUCGGGUCGUAUAGGAGAUUGGAUCAUUGAUUGGUCAGGCUUGGCUCUCUUCGGCGUCAUCACAGGACCUCUGAGCGGUCUGGUUUUCUCCAUCUGGGCCACUAUUUCUUGGUACUCACGAUGGCAACAAAAACAGGUGGCCGAUUUGAUUUUAAAAUGA